AUGAAUGGCCAACAUCAAUGGGAAGUUCCAAUCACUUCGCUAGCAGUGGUUGGAAUCUCCUUUCGACUUCCCGGUGGUGCUAAUAAUCCCGAAAAACUAUGGGAGAUUUUGAGUGAGGGGACCGAUACUUGGUCUCCGGUCCCAGACGACCGAUUUAAUGAGCGCGCGUUCUAUCAUCCCAGCCCGGAUGAUCCUAACGGAACCACCAACCACCGAGGUGGACACUUUAUCGAGGCAAAUUUGCGAAGUUUUGAUACGACCUUCUUUCGUAUAGCGCCGCAGCAAGCAGCAUAUAUGGAUCCACAGCAGCGUAUGCUUCUAGAGUUGACUUAUGAAGCAUUGGAGAACGCAGGCCUGCCCCGUGAGCAGUAUAGCGGUUCAAAUACUGGAGUGUUUGGGGCCCUUUUUAUUACGGAUUUUGACCGCAACGUGCUCAAAGAUACAAUCGGCAAAUCCCCAUACGCUCUCCUUGGCCAAGAGGAGGCGAUGAUCGCAAACCGAAUAUCCCAUUCACUCGAUCUUCAGGGCCCAUCAUUAACGCUAGACACUGGAUGUUCCGGCGGAAUGGUAGCUCUCCAUCAAGCGUGCAGUGCUCUACGUAAUGGAGAGUGCGAAACAGCCGUGGUUGCUUCGGCUAAUCUAACAUUGAGCCCGGACCAUGCAGCGGAAAUGUCUAGCCUGCACUUCCUUGGCGGCGAUGGUCGCUGUUAUCCGUUUGAUAGCAGAGGCAGCGGCUAUGGUCGCGGAGAAGGGCAUGUAGUCUUCGUCCUCAAGCGGUUGCAAGACGCCCUCGAUGGACGCUAUCCAGUGCGCGCAAUUAUAAGAAGCACUGCGGUCAACCAGGAUGGCUAUACACCAGGCGGCAUCACGCAUCCCAACAGAAAGGCCCAGGAGGAUAUAAUUCGAUUUGCCUACUCAAGAGCCGGCCUACAACCGUACGAUAUCAGCUACAUCGAAGCCCACGGCACUGGAACGGUGGCAGGCGACUCCGAGGAGAUGGCCGCCAUUUCCAGCGUGUUCACAGGCCCGGGGCGGUCAUCACCUCUGUACGUCGGUUCAAUAAAAGGUAACAUCGGGCAUACAGAAAACACAAGUGGGUUGGCCGGCGUACUAAAGUCUAUACUGGUACUCGAUCAUGAACAGAUCCCACCCCUAACCAAUUUCGACAUCCCCAAGCCUGGUCUACCCCUAGACGGCAUAUGCCUCCCCAGAACGCUUAAGCCCUUGCCACGAGUGCCGGGCAUACCUCUGCGUGUUUCGGUGAACUCAUUUGGCUAUGGUGGCACCAAUGGCCACGCCAUCCUCGAGGAAGCUCCGGAUAAGAAUACAAUUAGGCCACCAGAUGAUAGCUCUCUGGGUUCCUUGCCUCUUCUCUUUCAACUUUCUGCUAACUGCAAAGAAUCUCUUCUGUCCUUGAUGGAAAAGUAUGCAUCGUGGCUUGGGAACCAUCUCCAGGCGUCGCUGAUUGACCUAUCAUACACACUCCGUGAGCGGCGGUCUGCUUUACCAUGCCGUUUUAGCUGCGUGGCCGAAACACAUGGUGAACUUGCUCAACAACUCAACAAUGGUUUGAGUGGUAGUAAAAUCCAAAAUGCGUCAUCGAACGGGGGGACUGUUGUUUAUGUUUUCACCGGACAAGGGGCCCAGUGGCUUGGGAUGGGUAGAGAGCUGUUGAAAACAAAUGGUUUGGCCUCAAUAUUUCAGAAGUCCAUCCAGGCUUCGACCGAGAUUCUUCUACAACUUGGAGCUACAUGGAACCUAGAGACAGCACUUCUUGGCACUGGGCCCGAAUCAGAUUUAUUGAACACAGCGGAGCUCGCUCAGCCAGUCACCACAGCUCUACAAAGUAUGUCCGCAUUCCAUCAUGUGAUUUUCCCCAUUGCUCUGAUAUCCCUACUGCACAGCCAAGGGGUCAAGCCAGAUGUUGUUGUAGGGCACUCCAGUGGUGAGGUAGCAGCGGCAUAUGCUGCUGGUUACAUUUCCCACCAAGUAGCCCUCACUAUCGCCUUUCACCGCGGUUUCAUGGCUCAAGCAGCUAAGCAAAUGGACUUGCCAGCUGGUGGAAUGAUGUCUGUGGGCCUUGGGGAAGAGGAAGCAGCCAAAAUAAUCAAGAGCCUGAGCAAGGGAAAGGUCGUGAUCGCGUGCAUAAACAGCCCCAGCAACGUCACUAUAUCUGGGGAUGCCCUCGCUCUCGAUGAGCUCUCGCAAAUAUUAGAUGACAAUGGAGAUGGUAUAUUCCGACGUCGCCUAUUCGUCGAUACCGCAUACCACUCCCACCAUAUGAUGGCUGUAGCAGAGAACUAUCGUGCUCGGCUUGGCACACUUGGCCACAUGGAACCGACGAGUACGAGCAAUCAACCUCGAUUCGUCUCAUCCGUGACAGGAGCAACCAAAUCAAGCGGUUUUGGUGUUGAGUAUUGGAUCGAUAAUCUAGUAUCCCCUGUACGUUUUCGAGACGCCAUCCAGACCGUGGCCACAGACUUGGGCUUUCAUCGCACGAGUCAGCGCAGCCCCAAUGUCUUCUUUAUCGAGGUUGGCCCACAUCCAGCUCUAGCAGGCCCUGUCAGACAUUCUCUUGCUGAAGGGGGAGGAGUAGUUCCCGAAUUCACCUACGGCUCUGUUUUGCAGCGAAAAAUGGGCGCAGUCACGAGCGCACUCUCUCUCAUCGGUCGACUCUUUGAAAGAGGCUUUCACGUUGAACGCACUGCAGUAUCCGAUUUGGUUCCUGAAUUUGCCACAGCAAAAGUCUCUACAGAUCUGCCGUCUUAUACGUGGGAUCAUUCGGUCGACUAUUGGAAAGAACCUCGCCACAGCUCAGAGCAUCGCUUCCGUCGCCACCCGUAUCAUGAUCUCCUCGGGGUCCAUAUUCCUGGAUCAGUCUCUACAGAGCCUCAGUGGCGCCACUCAGUCAGCAUUGAGACGCUCCCUUGGCUCGCGGACCAUGUUAUUGAUGGUCUCAUUAUCUUUCCAGGUUCUGGCUAUAUUUGCAUGGCACUAGAGGGGAUACGGCAGUUGCAAAAUGAUCGUUACCCAUCUCAGACACUCGAGUUCUUGGUUGUCCGAGACGUCUCAUUCAUUCGAGCACUUGUUAUUCCUCCGACAGGCCAAGUAGAGCUGCAACUCAGACUCAGACCCAGAGCCACCUUAGGCCUGGAUUUCAGCUUUUCUAUCGCUGCAUUAUCUGACGGCGAGUGGAGCGAGAACUGCACAGGUUGCGUUGAGGGGCUGCUCAUCGAUGAACUGUCGAGUCACAGAGAGGAGACAACGCAAGCGGGCCAACCGGAGCUUCCAAAAGGUCAACUUGUUGAAGUCAGCCAGUUGUAUGACGGUCUCAGAGCAUGUGGUAACACGUACGGCCCAUCCUUUGCGGCAAUCCAGUCUUAUAUCCUCUCAGCGGAUGCGCAACAAUCAAUGGCGGCUGUGAUGAUACCUGACGUAGCUGCCACUAUGCGCGCUCAAUACCAGGAACCUCAUUUGAUCCACCCCUCCACGUUGGACGCGAUCCUACACACCUCCCUUCCAGUCGCUCAACAGAGUCUGGGUUCUGGUUCCAUUAUGCCGGUGCAUAUCGAUGAGUUUCUCGUAUCAACUGCACCGAACUUGCCGACUCAGCCUGGUUCGGAGCUUCAGGUAAAUACCAAGAUGCUGUCGAGUCGUUUCCGCACCGCUCAUCUCGACCUGGUCGUCACGACAAAUGCUAGUAGGAGCCCCGUCCUGGCAAUAUCAGGCGUCGAGGUACGCAAAGUCGGAGACGGCCCCGAAGUUAAUCAUGAUAGUCGUGCAGCCGAGGAGCCCGAGACCUGCUAUCAGGUUGAAUGGGAAGCUGAUCAGGACUUCCUACGUGUUGAGGACAUGGAAGAGAGUCCCACUUUGGAACGGCUCUUGGGUUAUAUCUCCUUCAAGACUCCUGGGCUUACAAUCUUGGACAUGAAGCCCAGUAAACGGCCUGCGGAAUUCUCCACUCUUGAUGUCAUUGAGGGACACAGAGGCUCUGUGGACCUGUAUGAUAUUUUUGAGCACAAGCCUCUCCCUAAUGGCGGCCUGAAUAACGGCCACACUAAUGGCGGACCCUGGCAGAUAGAGGAUAUCAGACCGAGCCUGCAUUCCCCGUCCUACGACGUCAUCCUAAUCACAUCUCUGGAAUGGCUCGAGGCUGCCUCUUCAAUCCUAAAGCCUAAUGGUAUCCUCAUAUCUGUCAUUUCGCCUAGUGACGAAAUGACGGCGGUGACUUCACCUUACCUACAAACGCAACUCACGUUCGAGGACACGACACUGGGCCAAAAGAUCGUCAUGAUGCGCCCCGUCAAGGCGUCUGAAGACAAGAACCACUCUGAAGAGAUCCAAGUUAUUUGUCAUUCGGAGGGACAGUCCGUUUCGCCUUGGGCUAAGACUUUGAUUGAUGCUCUACCCUCUUAUCAGAUCAAUAUUCAAGGUGCUCCCACCACCCUGGACAGCAAGGCUAUCCAGAACAGUGCUUCAGGAACGCCCACCCUUGUAAUCGAGGACCAACCUCAAGCGAUUCUCUCGGACCCAAAAUAUUUUGGACCAGCCACAUCGCUGUUGAGGCAGCCGGCCCAGGUGGUAUGGGUCAGCUCGGAGAACGAUGUCCGCGCUCAUCAGACUACGGGGGUUAUCAGGACGGCUCAUGCUGAGAACGAUAGCCUCCGUGCCACGACAAUCUACACCGAGGCUGAAGCACCGUUAGAUGACCGCUUUCAUGAUUUGGUAGCAUAUUCUAUCUCCAAAGCUGGUGAAAAGAAUCGUGAGCGCGAGUAUCGCAUGCUUAAAUCCGGGACUGUUCUAGUCCCUCGUCUUCGCAUCCAUAAGGGAUACACCGAUGCUGUUCGAGCUGAUUCUGACAAGAUUUUUGAUGUCAAAAACCGCUCUAUCGAGGACUUAUCUCACCCUGUAGAGCUUUGUAUCAGCAGCAGGGGCCAGAAACCCGGCGAUGCCUGCUUCGCUGAACAGGAGACCUCAGGUGCCAACUCCAUGGCACAGAAUGAUGUCCAGAUCGCUGUAGACUGUAUGGCUGUGACGGGGUCAUACCGUUCUAGCCACUUAGGCGAGUACGUUGGUACCAUUGCGAGAGUUGGUUCGUCAGUCAAUGGCUUCGUUGUAGGGGAUCGGGUAGUCGCUCUUGGGACUACGAUCGGUUCAAGCCAUCCCUGCGUGUCUCAGGCUCAUGCCGUGCACCUCCCGAACAACUUGAGCUCAGUGAAGGCGUCGGCUCUCGUUAUGAGUGCCAUGACUGCCAUCUACUGCCUACGAGAAUUAGCCAACCUAUCCCAAGGUGAUACUGUCCUGGUCCAUGGUGUAGGAACAGCCGUGGGUAAAGCGUCAAUUGCUCUUGCUCGCUUAAUCGGGGUGCGUGUAGCUAUUGCAGUGGCAGACAAUUCCGAGGCAGUACUUUUGCGGCAAAGAGAGGUGUUUUCUCCCGAUGAUAUUUUCAUCGUUCGGCCAUCUCUAACGCGCCGAUCCGCAAAAGAAUUGUUUGGCAACGGGUUAGACGCGAUUAUCAGCGCAGCAGAGGAUCCGUUACCAACCGAGAUCCCGCGUCUUGUAAAGCCUGGCGGAUCUAUUCUCAUUAUGACGAGCUCUACUCACAAUACCUUUGCCACUACGCUCCCAGUUGAGCUGCCUCGUAAUACUACGAUUCAUCACUGUGACCUUCGCAGCUUGCUCGAAGCGCGUCCUAAGAUGAUUGGUAGCCUACUACCCCAGGCUGUGUCGCUGCUGAGCUGCAUCUCGCUUGAUGGUCUAGAUAUUUUGGUUCGUGAGGUUUCCCAGACUCAGGAAGCUCUUAAACUUUUAGACAGCCACGCCUACCCCAUAGCUAUUUUACAAGUCAAGAAAGACUCUUUGACGCCAGUCAAGGUGAUGAAACGAUCGACAUGGCAGCACGAAAACGGCUCAUUCGUCAUCUCAGGGGGGCUCGGGGAACUUGGUCAACGAUUUCUUCAAUUGCUGGCCCGAUACGGGGCGAAGUUCCUUGUCACACUCUCUCGAAGCCUUCUACCCGAAGAUAAGCUGCAGAAACUCGAGUCUAAGCUAAAAGCCAUUAAUCCAGAAUGCCGCGUCUACUGUAUAAAAUGCGAUAUAACAUCCAAAGAAAGUGUCGAGGAAGCGGCCAGGAGCAUCAAAGACUUGGGACUCUACCCUAUCCGCGGUGUCAUUCAGUCUUCUACUAUAAUUCGGGACGGCACCCUGGAAACAAUGAGCUUCGAGGAUUAUCGCUCGUCAUUUCAAAUCAAAGCCGAUGGCUCUCUGCACCUAUAUCGUGCCUUCUCGUCCACCAGUUUGCGGUUUUUCAUUCUACUCUCAUCAAUCGUUGGUGUGGUCGGGACUAGCGGCCAAGCGAAUUAUAAUGCCGGCAACGUAACGCAGGACAUCUUCUCCCAGAUCCACGGCGGAGAUUCAUGUCGAUUUACCUCUCUAGACAUUGGCUGGGUCCCUAACACCCAUCUGGUCGCAGACUACGAGGUUCGGAAGAACUCCGUGCGCCGUGCAGGUCUCCAUCCAGUUUUACCUCAGGCGUUGUACAACUUCUUUGACCACACCAUCGCCGCUACAGCUACCACUGAGCGCACAUCGCAGGUCAUCAUAGGUAUUGAGUCAAAGGAUGCGGCACAGUCUAUCGCUGUCAAUGGAAACGUCUAUUCGCCUCUAUUUUGUCACGUCAUUCACAGUGCAACAGAUGUCAAGAAACCAUCAGACGGCGCGACGCAGACAUUUUCCGAGGUCGUCGCAACUGGCGACUUUGACUUGAUUGUGGACUUCAUUUCAAGAAGAUUUAUGGCUCAGCUUGCACGUCUACUGUACGUAGAUGUCUCAACGAUUGACCGCUUCCUUACGUCGCUAUUGGUACUGGGGGUGGACUCAUUGGUUGCCAUCGAACUUCGGAAUUGGGUCCAGAGAGAGUUUGAUGCAAGCGUCCAAUCAUCGGAAAUCUUCACUGACCAGUCGGUUUACACUCUUUCUGAGAAGAUUGCGACCCGAUCACGCGCAAUUAGCAACUUGGAAUUUCAGAUGUAA